AUGCUGUCGCGUAUAUUUUUCAAUUCGGUGCGACACGGCGACAGACAAAACGAUGGCGAUGGUGAUGGCGACGAUGAUGAUGCGCGCAACAGCGGCUGCGCGCUGCUCGGUGGCCGCUACAAGCACACGCCGUACAGCAGUGGCGGUAACAGCAGCAGCAGCAGCAGCAGCAGCAGUGCCACGGCGGCUGCUGCUGGCACGCACGACUGCGUCAGCACUGUCGUCAACACUGACAGCAACUGGUCUUGGCAGCAGCAGAAGAAUAAGGCCAAGCAGCUGCGCCUUGCCGCGCACACCUCAGCAAACCACAACGACAACAAAGGCCAGGCACUCAAUGAGGGAACGCCAUUGGAGGGUACAUAUGCCGUCGUUUUUACGUGCAACAAGUGUGGUAACCGAGGAAGCAAGACCUUCUCCAAACAGGCCUACCACAACGGGGUUGUGAUUGUCAAUUGUCCAGGGUGUGAUGCAAAGCAUCUCAUUGCAGACAACCUCGGCUGGUUCAAAGGCAUCGGCGGUGGCAAGAACAUCGAGGAGAUGCUCAAGAGCAAAGGAGAGAGCGUGCGGAAGCAGGAGCACGACGGCGUUGUGGAAGUGACGGCACAGGAUCUCCAGCUUGCCAUUGAGGCAAAGAAGACACGCGAAGCACACGACAAGAACAAGACACAGACAAACGCAGCAACAACAGCAGCAGCCACGCCAGGCCACGACAAGUGA